GAGUUGGCCGUGAUUAAUUUGAUCAAAAAUGGCAACUCCUUACAAGGAGUUGCUAGACCUGUCACAAUGUCUGAAAAGGGAAAAGUUAUUUGUGGAGUCAGAGAAGGCUCAGAUUCAAGAUUUAAACAUCAAGGUGAUGCGCGCCGUCGAGGAUCUGUACCACCUGUCGUGGAUCACGCGCCAGCAGCAGGUGAACCUGGAGGGCCUGAUCCUGUCGCGGGGCGACAGUACACCGGCCGGCUGCUGCCGCCGAGACACCCAGCUGCAGGCGGCCAGCUUCGUGGACAGCUACAAACAGCUCGGACCCAUCGACCCGUUCUACUCUGAGCUGCUGCAGCAGCUGCGCAGCUCGCCGCCGCUGGUGGCGCGCCUGCUGCUGCACUGCGAGCAGAGCGAGCCGGCGCGCGUCACCCAGCUGGUCAACACCGUCUACUCGGGCGUCUUCGGCAACGGCAUCCUGCAGGAGGACGGCAGCUGCAUCCUGCAGGUGCUGCGGGAGCUGAUGGUCACCCAGGUGGUCAACUCCGAGGAGCCGCAGCGGCUGCUGCGCCGCGGCUCCUGCGUGUUCAGCCGCGUCUACAAGGCGUUCUGCGAGGGCCUGUUCGAGGCCAAGCUGUUCCUGACGUCGGCCCUGCACCAGCCCACCAUGCAGCUCAUCAUGGACGACGAGUGGUACCUGGACAUCGACCCCAACAAGGUGGACGAGGGCCUGUCUGCGGAGGAGCGCGCCGCGCGGCCCGUCUCCGGGGACGGUCCGCCCCACUCGGCCGUCGCCGACCGGCUGGCGCGGCUCACCGAGAGUUUCGUCUCGGAGAUCACGGCCAGCGCGGCGUGCUUCCCGGCCAGCCUGGCCUGGGUGGUGCGCACGCUGCGCGAACUGCUGGCUGAGGCCGGCCGCUGCUCGCCCGACCAGCUGAGCGCCAUCUGCGUGGACCUCAUGUUCGCCUUCUUCAUCUGCCCGGCCGUGGUGGACCCGGUGCAGUACGGCCUCCUGGAGGCGCCCGUCAGCCCGGCGGCGCGCCACAACCUGAUCCAGGUGGGGCAGAUUCUGCAGGUGCUGGCCAUGGACCAGGCGGACCAGGUGGACCCACGCCUGCGGCCCUUCUACGACCGGUUCGACAAGGCUCGCAUGCCGGCGCUGGUGUCGGCGGUGCUGGCCGGCGGAGGCGGCGCCGAGGCCGGGCCGGCCGGCGGGCCGCCAGAGCGUGGCUCGCACCUGGUCGGCCUGAGUCGCUCGGCCGUGCUGGUGACGCGCCAGCACCUGGACCACCUGGUGACGCUGGUGCGCGGCCUGGCCGCCCGCUCCGCCGACCCCGCCGACAAGAAGCUGCUGGAGGGCUUGGUGGCGCACCUGCCGUCUCCGGAGCCGCCGCCGCCGCCCCCGGGGACGGCGCCCCAGGGCGGCCAGGCCGGUCACGGCACCGGCGCCCAGGGCGGCCGACGAAACCGCAUCAUGGACAAAGUACACCAGCGUCGCGCGCGCAGUAUCGGCGGCACGGCCGGCGCCGCUCAGCCGGCUCCCUCCGAGGAAUCGGCUCUGGAGGUGCUAGUGGUGUCGCUCAACACCCCCGGCGCCUGUCCCGGCAUGAUCCCUGAACAAAAGGUGCUGCGGGCCGGCCAGCAGUCGGACGGCGGUGCUGUGCCGCCGGACGCCGGUGACUCGGGCGCCCCCUCGGAGCCCGAUGAUCGGGAGAGUCUCACCUCCGCCUCGGCCGCCGUACCCGAGACGGCCGAGAAGCGCACCCGGUUCAGCCUCAGCCAGGAGCUGGAGGGAUCCAUCGGCAACACGUCCGACAUUUUGGAGGUGAUUUCUGAGGGCGCCAGUCAGCUGAGUGCCAGUGACGACUCCAGCCUGGAGGACGCCGAACAGUACAAGGAGGACAACCUGAGCGACAUGAUAUCGGCCAACGUGUCCGGCAGGGAGACGCCCAACGUCUCUGGUCGCAACACGCCCUCCUCCCAGGUCACCGACGAGACGGACGCAGCCGUCGGCGGUGGCGGCGGCGGCCGGCCCGGGGCGCGCGCCGCCCCCGCCCCCGCGCCGCCGCCGCCCAAACCGCCCGCUACCGUCAUCGAGGACAAGUUCGGCAAGUUCAACAUCAAACCGCUCAACGAAGACGAGACGGUGUCGAUGGUGUCUGACACGUGGAGCACGGACGUGCUGGCGAGCGACACGGAGACGGUAGAGCAGGCCGAGGCGCCGCUCUCCUCCCGACAGCUGCUCGACCUCUGCACGGGCUCGGUCGGCGUGGACAUCAGUGAGACGGCCUCGGAGGCCUGGAGCACGGACGUGCUGGCCUCGGACUCGGAGCGGGACCGGCUGGCGGAGGUGGACGCCGACGACUCGGUGAGCGUGGCGCGCUCGGACGACACGGCGCGCUCAGAGCCGGCCGCCGCGCCCGGCUCGCCCGCCCUCAAACCGUCGGCCAGCGCGCCGGCCGUGGCGGCGGCGGCGGCUGCCGCGGGGGCGGCCGGUCCGGCCGGCGGAGGACCCCCGCGCGCCGAGCGCGGUCGCCAGAUGUCCGGCGAGUCGGUGUCGUCCGACUUCAGCUCCGCCUCCGGCCUGCAGCGGGAGCGCGGGCGGCAGGCGGCGGCGGCGGCGGGGUCUGCGGGCCGCGCGCCGGCCGCCCAGUCGCUGCCCGCGCCGCCGCCGGCCGCCGCGGCCGCGCCGCCCAGCCCGCCGCGCAGUCCGACGUCUGCCGGCGCGCCGCCGCCGCUGCCGGCGGUGGAGCCGUGCUCCUCGAGCAGCAGCUGCAGCGAGAUCGCUGAGUCGGCCGGAGCGGCUGCCGAGUCGGCCGCAGCCGCCGCCGAGUCGACCGUGUCUGAGCCCGCAGCGCGGCCGGCCGCCGCCACCGGCGCCAUACCAAAGUCCAUCAGCUUCGACAAGACGGCCGAGCGGGGCGACCGGCGCUCGACCGACGACCAGGCCCGCCGGGGCUUCUUCAAGAGUCUCAAACUGCCAUUCGCCAAGAACCGCCGGAAGGGGUCGCGGGAGCUCGUCGCUGAGAGGCUGGAGCGUGGCUCCGGUGACGGACGGGAGGUGACGGAGCGGCGGUCCGCACCGCCGCCGGUCGACUCCGCUGAGACGUCGGACGACAUCCUGGCCAAGUACCGGCGCAAGGGCUCCGACCCCGCCGCGCAGCGGCGGCCGGGCGGCCCGGCCGGACCGUCAGAGACCGGCGCAGAGGAGGAGCCCGCGGCCGACCUGGUGCGGCUCGCCAUCGACCCCAACAACGUGGAGGCCUCGUACGCGUUCUCCGACGCCAAGAGGAAGCUGCGCCGCGUGCUGUCCGCCGCCAACGUGCAGACCUUCCCCUGGAGGCCGCAGGCGGCGUCCGGCGACCAGCAGUGUGCGCUGCUGGCCUUCCUGCGCCUCCAGCUCUCCGAGUACAUCAGUCUGCAGGACCACGCUCUGAUGGCGCAGCUGCACGAGACGAUCCGGUGUGUGUCGCUGCUGGACGCGGCCGGCCGCGCGGCGCUACUGCGCUCGCUCCGGGACGACUACGCGGGUCGCAGUGCCUACACGGCCUACCUGGUGCGCUGCCGGAACGGUCUGCUGGACACACUGGCGCACCUGCAGCUGACCGCCCAGCACGUGCGCCGAGACCAGGCCGUCUGCACGCGCGCCCUGGUCGACAAGUGUGUGCUGCUCUUCCUCGAGAGACACAAGAACACCCUGAAGCGCUUCAAGGCGAGUUUCCAGCAGGCGGCCGCCUCUGACGAGAAGACGGACCUGGUGGAGCGCUUCCUCACCCACCUGGGCGACGAGCUGCUGCGCGACCCCGACUGGCAGGUGGCCGACGACAAGCAGCUCCUCCUGGCGCGAGAGGCCAUCGAACAGAUGGUCAUGGCCAAGAUCUACACUCUGGCGCUGUACCCGAACGGCGAGGCGGACGUGAGCCGGGACCAGGUGCUGACCGGGCACAUGCGGCGGCUGGCGCUGGUCGUCACCCCCUCCCACCCGGACCUCAAGAUCCCCAGCGUCUACCACUACGAGCAGCCGUGGCCCAGCGCCCAGGCCGAGAUCGUGGCGCUCAACGCGUACAAGACGGCGCGCGACAAGGUGUCGUGCGUGACGCGCUGCUGCGCGGCCAUCAUGAACCUGCUGCACAUGGCCAGCGAGCGCUCGGUGCCGGCCGCCGACGACCUCAUCCCCGUGCUGGUGUUCGUGCUCAUCAAGGCGUGUCCGAGCUCGCUGCUCUCGACCAUCCAGUACGUGGGCAGCUUCUACGGCGAGCGGCUGAGCGGCGAGGACCAGUACUGGUGGACCCAGUUCUGCUCGGCCGUCGAGUUCAUCAAGACCAUGGACUACAACUGAGGCCGGCCCGAGGCGGGGGCGGGGGAGGUGCGGCCGACCCGUCCUGUGUCCGGUAACGCAGCCCGGCCGGCCGGCACGUGUGACGGGCGGCGGUGUACUCAGUGCGGAGGGCGGGCGGUGGAGGGCGGCCGGGCGCGGCUCCCCGGGCAGAGCGGGCGGCCCACCGGCGCCGGCCCGCGCCAGGUGAUCAGUAGCGCUGUUACGGCGGUAGGCACUGCGGUGGCGUCUAACGCGUUGUUGGCUGAGGCGUAUCAUGCUUUUCGCAUUAUCAGUAAAUUAUAUGUGUACGGUUUGUAUGCUAAAACAAAAACAAUAAUAUAUGUAACACAAUAUGCACC